AAAACCUGGCAACCCUGGCUAUUACGCUGAUGUUUGGAGAGACAGGAAGGUUGUUGUAGACAGACAGCGAGGCCGGACCGAGGCAAGUUCAGCCCCGCCCCGCAGAGCUUUGCGUGAGGAAACAACGGUUCAAAGAUGAAUACUUCGAUGGCUUGCAAUGACUCUGAGAAAUCCAGCCUCGAUGAUGUCUGCUGUAAUGACCAAUACUCCAGCUGUGCAGCAGCCAUGGAGAAAGACAGUUAUUCGUAUCUGAGCCCGACAGAGAACCCCUCCACCAUCAGUGUCUCUGCGAGUAUCCCCCCGGACCAGCAAGGCUAUGACGUGGAGUUUGACCCUCCGCUAGAGAGCAAGUAUGAGUGCCCUAUCUGUCUGAUGGGCCUUCGCUCCGCAGUACAGACACCAUGUGGACAUCGAUUCUGCAACUCGUGCAUCAGGAAGUCCAUCAGGGACACAGGGCAAAAAUGUCCAGUUGACAAUGAGGUGCUGCUUGAGGAACAGCUCUUCUCUGAUAACUUUGCCAAACGAGAGAUCCUCUCACUUACUGUCCGAUGUCCUAAUGUAGGAUGCUGUGAUAAAAUGGAGUUGCGCCAGCUGGAGAAACACUUGUCUCAUUGUGAGUUUGCCACAGUGCCAUGCCCUCAGUGUCUGGAGUCUGUUCGUAAGAGCCAUCUGGAUGAACACAAGAGCCAGCAGUGUUUACAGCGGCUUAUGACCUGCCCUGAUUGUGCAGGGAGCUUUAUGUAUGCUGACAAACAGAUUCAUGAAAAGAUUUGUCCUUUCGCCAAUACAGUGUGUAAAUAUUGCGGAAUGGAGCUCAUUCGGGAUCAGUUGGCAUUGCACUGUGACACAGACUGUCUUAAAGCUCCUGUAGCCUGUACUUUCAGCACGUUUGGUUGUCGUGAAAAGAUGCCAAGAAAUGAACUGGCCCAGCACAUGCAGGAAUUUACACAAAUGCACAUGCGUUACAUGGCUGAGUUCCUGCGCAGCCAGACACACAGUAGCUGCCCGGUGCCGUCAAAUGCCGCCCACUCUUUGUCAGACGAACGAGGAGCAACUGCCCGAGCACCAGAGUCGUGCCAGUGUAAACCAGAGCUGAUGAACCUGCGGGAGACAGUCUUGGAGCUGGAGGGUCGGCUGGUUCGUCAAGAUCAACAGAUCCGGGAGCUGUGCAUCCACAAUGAGACACAGAAAAACCAGGUCACAGAGCUACGCCGAAAGCUGAGCACCCUGGAGGAUGCCACCCGAGAGCUGGAAGCCCAGCAGUAUCAAGGCGUCUACGUAUGGCGCUUGGAGAACUUCUCCCUUCACCUGCGCAACCAAGAGGCUGGUCAAUCCAUAGUCCUCCACAGCCCACCUUUCUACACGGGCCGGCCGGGGUACAAACUCUGCCUACGACUGCAUCUGCAAACUCCCAACGCCCCUCGCUGUUCCAACUACAUCUCACUUUUCGUGCACACUAUGCAGGGUGAGUUUGACAGCCAGCUCUCCUGGCCCUUGCAGGGCAAGAUCCAGCUGGCGGUGUUGGACCAGGUCGAGGGGCAGCAUCAUGUGGAAGUGAUGGAGACCAAGCCGGACCUGCAGGCCUUCCAGAGGCCCACUGUGCAACGCAACCCCAAGGGUUUCGGGUACGUCACUUUCCUGCACCUACAGGUGUUGCAGCAGCGUGGGUUUGUGAAAGACGACGUGCUGUUGGUGCGCUGCGAGGUGACACCACGAUUUGAUGCUAGCCUCAGGAGGGAAGGAGUUCAACCUCGGGGGUCAGAACCUUCACUCUGAGUUCCUGCAUCGCUCUUGUACUCUUAAGUUCUCAUAGACACUUUGCUGAAACAAGCAAGAUGUGGAAAAACCUCGUCAUGAUACACCAGGCUUCGUAAUGGCAGUUGCACAACUCUCGUGUCUGUUGUGAAGUGUUUUAUAUACAAAUGUUUCUCAAAAGCAUUUUAAUCCGUGCAAUCAACGGAAAACUUGAUAAGUAUCAGAAAUUCACUGAAUGUCCUGUCAACCAAGCUAAAGGGUGUGAAACUAUUAUUUUAAAGGUGCUGCUUAUGCUAAGAGUUAGCUUCCACAAAAUAUUUUCAUUGUACUACAUCCAACUAAUUUUUGCUGCCUUUUCUGCCAACUCGUGCCAAAACGUGCUUAAUUUUCAUUUAUCUGACAAGACCUGACAAUUUAAAGCGUCAUUAGUACAGUACAGCACAGUUUACUAUGAUCAUAGUGAAUGUUGUGCUUUGUUCAUUUAACAACUUAACCACAAGGUGUGGUGUGGUUACAUUAGCAAAGUGUCAAUGAAAAACUGUUAGCGAUGCAUGAAGUGUGGCCUUUUCAAACCAGGCAACUCUCUGUUGGUUAAUGGAGUGAAUCAGUUUGAACUCUAUGGGAAAGCUGCCUGGGGAAAUCCUUUGCCCUCUCGUGAAAAACUCCCAGUCACUUGGAUUUAUAUAGAAAUGACUUGAUUUUUUCCCAAGACAAUUAAUGAUGGACUAAUAUAUGCAAGUUAAUCUAAUAAUUGUAUUGACACUGGAAAUCUGACAAAUCUUUUUUUUUUUUUUUCAUAUAAUGUUAACUUCAUCACAAUAUACAGUGCCAAAAUUAGUGGAUGUGUGCCUUUUAUAAAUUAUUUUUGAAUUCAAGUUGUUUGUCUUUUUAUGCGCACUCUAAAGUUCUCACAGAUGCAGAUUUUAGAGGUGUGUUUUAGUCAGAUCCCAGGGCUCGCAAAAUGGUUAGCCCUGGACAUCCCGAGGCUAUUGUGUUUUCCAGUCGGGCUACCAAAAUCUAUCACCGCUGUGCCCGGCGGGUUAUCUUAAAUGCAGGUCUUCAAGUUAGUUGCAUCAAAUUUAAUGGUCUAUUUAUGUGAAGGUGUCUCUGAAGGGAACAGACCGUCUUCAGAAGUGUUUCGAUGCUAUUAUCACUUUCACUUUUUUUCUUGUAAUGCCAGAUAAAGCAGCGUUCAUGAGCACAGCGCCCAGAAAACAGCUCUAAUUCUACGUUUCAAAGAGACGGGGUAGCUGCAGGUCAGAGUAAUAGGUGUGGCAAAAGGUGAAUGCUACCAAAGUCUUAAAGAACUUUGAUGCUACAACAGAAACUAAACCCUAACCCUUAACCCUAGCCUUUAUCUGCCCACUGCUCCAGCCUGCAGUUAUCCCUACCUGGUUCAAAAGCCCCACUUAGUGGCAGAAAAUUAAAAUAAGAAUCUCAGUUAGCCCUUCUGCGGGUUAAUUUAGUUACAUUUCUUUCUUUUUUUAAGAUCAGUGUAAAUAUUGACCCAUGUUUUUCUGCAGCAAACACACAGAGUUGUAAAUGUGAGAUAAGCUAAUGUGCCUUCUAAAAAUCUAAACAGUCA